UCAGAAUCCAAGAUGGAGGCGGUUAGUACAGCAGGACAGCAUAUGAGUCUAGCAGCACUAAAACAACACGAUCCUUACAUUAACCGAAUUGUCGAUGUUACCGGGCAGGUAGCACUUUACACAUUCAAUCCCCAAGCAAACGAAUGGGAGAAGACAGAUAUCGAGGGCACCUUAUUUGUGUACACCAGGUAUGCCAUUCCAUACCAUGGCUUUACAAUCAUGAAUCGGCUGAACAUGAAGAAUCUAGUUGAACCCAUUAACAAAGACCUGGAGUUUCAGCUCCAGGACCCAUUUCUUCUCUAUAGAAAUUCAAGUUUGUCCAUAUACAGCAUCUGGUUUUAUGACAAGAACGACUGCCAGCGAAUAGCACAGCUUAUGUCACAUGUGGUAAAACAAGAGGCAGAGAGAGCCCAGCAGGGGUCUCCAGGCAGGCACACUCCCAGCAAGGCCAAUGGAUGCUCUGAAGACAGGCCUAUCGACAUCCUGGAGAUGCUCAGCAAAGCAAAGGAUGAGUAUGAAAGGACUCAGAUUGGUGAAUUUGAUAUCUGUUCAAGCUCAGAAUUGCUUUGUGCCCACAAUGCUUAUAAAUCUUCAUCAGGGGAAGCUACUGAACAUGCACUCACUUCUCAACAGCAAGAAAAGAAUACUCACCCAGGACCUAAACAGAUAACUGUGGAAGAGUUAUUUGGAAGUUCUUUGCCAAAGGAACAGACUUUGAUGGGCUACCCAAACCUCGGUACACCAGAGAAGACACAGCAGGACGGUCUCCUCCGAAGGCAAAACCUCGCCCAGCCUUUCUCAUACGAGCCUUCGUUGGUGUCCCAACAGGGCCUGGAGAGUUUAGGCGACAGUCUUGGUGCUGCUGCCUCAACUCAACACAAGACUCUGACACACAUGCGCCAAGCGCCAGGUUCAGUUUCCCUACCAGAUAUAAAGAAACUCCCGAACUCCAGCAUUCGCUGCAGCCCUGUUUUUCAUCCCGUACACCCAGCAGAGGCUGCUGGCUCUCAGAUACUGUCUAACCUCAGUACAGACGGCAGUGACCUUAUGAAGGUGAUGCAGCAGUCCCACGUCAAGCCCACCUCCCCCCUCAUGGUGUGCCAGCCAGCUUCAGAGCAGCUGAACCCCGCCCCACACCCACAGAGCGCCAUUCCGGGAGUGAUUCGGCCCCCGCUUGGAAGCAGUGCCCUCAGCAUGGGCUUCCUCAGUCAAGACCUCCUCCACAAACUGAAGCUGGCGCCGCAGCACGGCCAGCUCUCUCAGCAGGCACUGAGCAAGCCAUCCCUCAGUCAGCUGGCAACACCAGAGUGCUUCAAAGAGUCCAUUGCUAAACCAGUAGCUCUGAAUUGCAUCCCAGCUACCCCUGUUCAGGUUGUGCCCCCCCAGGUCACUUCAGUCUCGUCUGCAGAGUCUCUAUUAGUUCUCCUCUCCCCAAGCGUGUUCCAACAGUCUGCAGGCAAGCCCACAGAGUCAGACAGCAAGCCCAGCUCGGCAUCACCACUAACACUGGCAGCAGAGGCUCAGCCGUCAUACAGUGUCUUCAGUAGGACCCAGCUUCAGGAAACCUUAAUCCACCUAAUAAAGAAUGAUUCUAAAUUCCUCAGUUCCAUUCAUGACGCCUACCUACAAGUUCUAGCCAAGGAUCUCUGCAACAUGAAGUUAUAGCCUUCGAGAUCAGCAAGCGCUCUGUGGCUGAAAAUCAGACAUUGGAACUGCACACAGAAAUGUGUCCAGUGUAAAAGAGGUGGUCUGUAAUGUGCUGUAGUAUUUAAAAUAGAAGAAAAAAAUAAAACAACAAACCUUUCUUAGAUGAUACAGUAUAUGACCGAUUCUCCAAAACUUAAGUAGCUUCACUUUGGUCGAUCACCAGCAGGUUUACAUUGAAGAAGUAGGCACUUUUGUUGUUGCACAAAAUGAGUAUUUAUAUGCUAUGUGUUUUAUCUUGUUGCACUGUUUCAUUUUCAGUACUUUUCAUUUUCAGCAGUGUUUUGAAACAGGGAACAAUACAUUUAAAAAAGAAAGUUAUAUUCUGCUUUUUUUUGGUUUUGUUUUUUUACACUCAAUUAGUUUAAAACGCAUCCCACCAUUUUCUGAAAGAUUAGCCUGGUAAUUAUUCAAAGGCUGAUGUCAGUGAGGGUUAAAUCAUGCAGUAAAAAGCUACUGCAGUCAAGUACCAAAUUUAGAUUUUCGAGGAAAUUAUUUUAUUUUUUUUAAAUCUGUUCUAGGUGGGCCACUUUAAAAAUAGAUGUGGGAACAAAUGUGUAAUUCAGCAUGGUGCAGUUAUUUGUUUUUGUUUCUUUUCUUUUUAAAAAUAUAUAUUAUAGUUAAAGUAUUUCUGCAGCAGCACAUAUUGACUAUAAUGGUCUUUAUUUCCCUUCGUAACUGUAUACUUUAGGGUUUACUCUUAUGUAAGCAUAAUGGCAUAAUUGGUUUGUAUUAAAUUGGUCAUGAGAGAUUUUCCAUUUUAUUUCUCUGUUAAGAUUCGUCAUCAGUAAUUGAAAAUAGCUGCAGCAUUCUACAUUCGUUUACCCCUGUGUAAUUAUGAAGCCAAAACACCAUUCAGUGAAGCAUCUUAUUUGUACUAUUAAGCUAUUUGCUUUUUAUAUGAUGCUAAAAGUUUUUUUUUUUUUUUUUUUUUUUUUUUUUUUUUUUUUUUGGUAAGGUCCUUAACUUCAGAGGGAAAAUCGAAAAGCAGCAUAAAAACCAUUUGAAAUUAUCAAAUUACCAAAGCUGCUUCUUAUUUUGCUGUUCUUACCAUUUCAUCAGAAUAAGCCAUAAUCAACAUAGUAAUCGAUCGCUCUUGAAAAACAUUUCAAUGUGUAUUUCUCCACUUGAGUUGCAAAUUGCAAUUAUAUCUUGAUUGUCAGUAUUUGCCCUUCAGAUCA